AUGAAGGGCGAUACGAAAGAUCAGCCAACAGAGAAGCCGAAUACAUCCGGCGAUGUUGAGGCCGGUGUUCAUGAUGGAGCCGAAGCGCAGAUAGACCAAGAAGAAGAUACAUAUCUCCAUGGCCUACCUUUAGUCCUCAUGACUCUCUCACUGAUGGUCGGCGUGUUGAUGAUCUCUUUGGACACCAGCAUUAUCGCAACUGCCAUCCCGAAAAUAACAAGCAAGUUCGAUAGUCUUGGAGAUGUUGCCUGGUAUGCAUCAGCUUACCUCCUCACCCAACUCUCCACACAGCCAACCUUCGGCAAGAUCUAUACCUUCUGGAAUCUGAAAUGGGUCUACCUCACCUCUUCAAUAAUAUUCGAGGCAGGCUCCAUAUUAUGUGCCGCUGCACCGAAUUCGCCAGUCUUCAUCAUUGGCAGAGCUAUUGCUGGACUCGGUGCUGCAGGCGUCUUCUGUGGUGCCAUGAUAAUAGUAUCGCGCAUCGUCGAGAUACGAAAACGACCGUUACUUCUGGCUAUCAUUUCGAGCAUGUACGGUGUAUCUUCGGUGAUUGGGCCUUCGCUUGGUGGUGUUUUCACACAUUCGAAACGAUUGACUUGGAGGUUCUGUUUCUGGAUCAACCUACCCUCGGGCGCUUUGAUGGCUGCCGUCAUCCUCUUGUACUACCCGCUAUCCCUGGGAGAAGCUCCCUUCAAGAACAAACCGGUCAAAGAAAAGAUUCUCGGCCUCGGAUUGAAGAGUGCUGUCUUACUCGCCGGAGCUCUCGUUUGCUUGUUCCUGGCUCUACAGAACGGUGGCUCUGUUCAUCCCUGGUCUGACUCGAGGGUCUGGGGCUGCUUUCUGGGCUUUGGACUGCUCCUCAUCCUCUUUAUAUAUAUCCAGAUACGACAAGGUGAAGACGCAUUGAUCAAGCCUCGUAUCAUCUCACAGAGAUCUGUUCUUCUUGGUUGCAUCUUUUCAGCUCUGAUUCAAGGUGCUAUGACCACACAGACUUACCAUCUACCAUUCUACUUUCAAGCUGUGAAAGGCGUGGACCCUCAGACAUCUGGUGUCAAUAUUCUCCCCCACGGAGUUACCGUAACUGUCGUGAGUCUUAUCACUGGCUCGGUUGUCACAUGGCUUGGAUAUUAUAUCCCCUUCAUGUGGGUUGGAUCAGCUAUCUUCACCACCGGUGCGGGACUAUUGUACACGAUUGACCAAGAUACACCACUGCCAAGAUGGUUUGGCUUUGAGGUCCUCGCAGGUGCCGGCUUUGGAAUGGCUAUUCAGAUCAGCAUCAUCGCCGUUCAAGUGGUACUGAGUACUGCGGAUAUCCCCCUCGGAACAGUGUUGAUCAUUAUAUCACAAGCGCUGGGAGGAUCUGUGGGACUAUCCAUUUCUCAAAACGUCUUCCAGAACUCCCUUCGUCAAAGACUGAGAGACAUCGACAACAUCGAUGUUCAGGCUGUUAUCGCUGCAGGCGGUAUCGAUUUAGAGCAUAUCGUAUCAGGCGACACACUUUCCUACGUCAGGGACGCUUUCAGAUACGGUGUGUCAACUGCUUUCCUUGUGUCGACGUCGCUCGGUGGAGUCGCGUUCUUGGCAAGCAUAGGAAUGGAAAGACGGAACAUCAAGUCAAAGAAAGAAAGGGGAACUUGA